AUGGGCGCAGGAGCCUUCAUAGAACCGCUCGUCGUCGUCACCCUUCUCUUUGGCGGCACCUGGCUAAACCGCAACACCGAGUACCGCCUGUUUGGCCGCCAUAGAGUCUAUCAGAACUCGCCCCGGUCAGCCUCGCCUGCUUCCGGUCGCUCCAGUCCCUCGUCCAGCGCAUCGCUGCUGGCAAAUGUCGACGAAGAGCCGCCAUGGCGGAAACGCGAGCUGGUGCUUUUGGGCUUGCGCAAACAAGUCAUGUCCCCAAACACAAAGCGGUUCCAGGAUUACUUCCUGUCGCGGCUGCUGCGAAAGUUUCCCUUUUUGGUCGAGGCCUGGUAUUGGGCACUGAUAUACUGGGUCUACCAGCUCGGCCGCGCCUUCACCGCCGUGACCAUGGUUGAAGGCACUGUCAAUGUCGCUCGCCGUCACGCUCUGCAACUCAUCCAUCUUGAACAGCGCCUGCACAUCUUCUUCGAACUCGAUGUCCAAGGAUGGUUUCUCAAGCACCCCUUCCUCCUCCACUGGACCAACCGCACCUAUUCCUUCAUCCAUAUCCCCGGUACCAUUUUGUUCCUGGUGUGCCUCUACUACUACACGACCACGCGCAACCGCAUCCAUCUUCCCCUCCACAACAAGCAAAUAGGCGAGACAGACGGAAGCCCGGCAGGCCCCAAGCUCUACGCUGCAAGGCGCCGAACCAUGGCCACGUGCAACCUGAUUGCUUUUAUUGUAUUCACCCUCUGGCCCUGCAUGCCGCCGCGUCUUCUCUCCGACCCCGACGUCCCAGGAGAAGUGGGCAAGGAGGCGCGUAGCUUUGGCUUCGUCGACACUGUGCACGGCGCCGAGGGCGAAAGCAGUGUGUGGACCCAAAACAAGUUUUGCAACCAAUAUGCUGCCAUGCCGUCGCUGCACUUUGGAUACUCGCUUCUCAUUGGUCUCACCAUCAUGUCCAUCCCCCUCGCCCCGCAACACAACCGCUCGCGCACCAUCCCCAUCACCAUGGGCUUGCGCAUGCGCGUCCCGUCGCUCCGCCGCUUCCUCUGCGUCCUCGUAGGCGUGGCAUAUCCAGCCAUCAUUCUCAUCGCCAUUGUCGCAACCGCAAACCACUUUAUCCUCGACGCCGUCGCGGGCGCCAUGGUCUGCGGCCUCGCCUGGACCGGAAACACCUUCUUGCUCAACCUGCUCGCCCUCGAGGACUACUUUUUGUGGUGCGUCCGCAUUCACAAGCCCGUGCGCCGCUCCGUCUACUGGGACAGUGACGACGACGAAGAGUACACCAGAGUCAAGGUCGGCGGCAAGGGCGUCGUCGUUGAUUAA